UGUCAAUCUGUCUCAAACAGCUUUUAAGUGAUCAGUUGUCUGAGACUUUAAUUUGAGAACUUGUAGACACUAUCAGUAAUCAAACAUGGCUGAUACAGAACUGGGAAUAAAUGGUGAAGGAGGUUCCCCGAUUCAGCGUUUGGAGAAGAAAACAUCAUGUCAGAAAUUCACCGAGUUCCUCUUCAAGAACCUCCUCCUUAUCCUCAUGAUCUUGUCCCUCGUGCUUGGAUGUUGUGUUGGUUUUGGGAUCAAGCUCGGAUCUGAUCGCGAUUUCACUUCGGACGAGAUCAAAUAUAUCAGCUUUCCAGGGACAAUCUUUCUCAACAUGCUGAAGGUCAUGAUAAUUCCCCUGGUCGUUUCAAGUCUAAUCGCCGGUAUGGCGUCGAUCAACAAACAAGCAUCGAGCAAGCUGGGUCUACGGGCUGUCCUCUACUACUUUACGACCACCUUCAUCGCAGUCGUCCUCGGGAUCAUCCUCGUGAUGACCAUCCGUCCAGGGGCUCGUCACAGCAAGGAUGACAUAGAUACCACAGGAAACGUCGAGAAGGUGAAUACGGUCGACGCUUUCCUCGAUCUCAUCAGAGUGAUGUUUCCACCGAACAUUAUCGAGGCUACCUUCAGGACUUACAAGACAAGACAGGUUCCAGUGGACGUUGAGCCGACAAUGAUGCCGAUGAUGCAGAGCACGGCCAUGAUGAUGGACUCGAUGAUGAAUACCACGGACACGAUGGCGACGGACUCGAUGAUGAAUACGAUGAUGAACUCGACAACCAUGAAUACCCCGAUGAUCACCAACACAAUGUCGGUAGGAGGAUACGAAUUCAAGUCCAACAUCCUCGGCCUGGUCGUCUUCUCCUGCAUCUUCGGGGCCGUUCUCGGUCGCCUUGGUGAGAAAGGGGAACCCCUGAAGGAUGUCGUCGAAUCGCUCAUGGAGUGUGUCAUUGUUCUCAUUGGCUACAUCAUCUGGCUAUCCCCCAUCGGUGUGUUCUUUCUGAUCUUGGGUAAGAUCCUCGGCAUGGAUGACUGGGCUCUGGUCUUCCAACAGAUUGGGUUGUACUCGGCCACCGUCAUGCUGGGUCUCUUCAUCCACGGAUUCAUCAUCCUACCGCUCCUCUACCUCAUCUUCACCCGGUCCAACCCCUUCGCCUUCCUGAAGGGCGUGGCCCCUGCCAUGGUAACGGCCUUUGCCACUUCAUCGAGCUCUGCCACUCUCCCCGUGACUAUCACAAGCCUGGAGAACAAUAAUAAGAUUGAUAAACGAGUCACUCGUUUCAUACUCCCUAUUGGUGCGACCAUUAACAUGGAUGGAACAGCCCUCUACGAGGCAGUGGCAGCCAUCUUCAUUGCGCAGAUCAAUGACUACGACCUAAGCGUUGUCGACGUCAUCGUCGUCAGUAUCACAGCCACCCUUGCUAGCGUUGGAGCGGCCGGUGUCCCGCAGGCUGGCCUUGUGACUUUGGUGAUCGUCCUCAACGCCUUAGGUCUGCCAGCCGAUGACAUCACUCAUAUCAUUGUCAUUGAUUGGUUCUUGGACCGUUGUCGCACCACUGUUAACGUAGAGGGCGACUCAUUUGGUUGUGGCAUCAUCUACAAGUUCCUCAAACCUGACUUCGAUCGCAUCGACGAGGAAAACAUGACCAAGGCUAUGGUCAAUGGUUACGCCAACGAAAAGAAGAUCCCAAUCGACGCCCAGGAAGGGAUCAAUACCGGAGAAGAUACCCGCUUGUAAUUAGACUUCGCCGUUGACUUCAAAGUCCACUUCGAUAUUGG